AUUCCCCUGGAAGCUUGUUGUUUUUAACGCUGCGUCCUGAAUCCUGCGGCUGUUCCAAGAUCCUGCGGCUGUUCCAUCCUUCUGUCGCUUUCCCGUCGCUCAUCAAUGGAAACUAACACAACACGUGUGUCUUCGUCCUGAGAAGCUUCACGUCAGCAGCUUCUCCCAGUCAGUCCAUGGCUGACCAGCAUGAGUCCAUCGACCUCAUGUCUCCUCCAGUGGACCCCCCCGCAGCUGCAGGACACAGCUGGUUCCCUGGACCCCCCCCGCCCAUCUACUCCUGCAGCCUGACCCCGGAACUGGUGGCCAAGGCGCGGGAGGAGCUGCAGGAGAAACCAGAGUGGCGUCUCCGGGAUGUGCAGGCUCUGAGAGACAUGAUACUGAAGGAACAACCAAACCUCCGGACCAGGCUGGACGACUCCUUCCUCCUCCGCUUCCUGCGGGCCAGGAAGUUCGACUACGACCGAGCGCUGCAGCUGCUGCUGAACUACCACGCCGGUCGCAGGGCGUGGCCGGAGGUGUUCCAGGAUCUGAAGCCGUCCACGGUGAAGCACGUCCUGGACCUGGGCUUCCUGACGGUCCUGCCCCAGCCCGAGCCCAACGGACGAUACAUCCUCUGUCUGCGUCCAGGAAAAUGGAAACCCAACGAUUAUCCAUUUGUGGACAACGUGAGGGCCAUUUAUCUGACGCUGGAGAAGCUCAUCCAGCCCGAGGAGACGCAGGUGAACGGUAUCGUCAUCUUGGCCGACUACACCGGCGUGGGCAUGUCACAGGCGUCCAACCCGGGCCCGUUCCUCGCCAAAAAGGUUGUGAGCGUCCUCCAGGACGGAUUUCCAAUCAGAAUCAAGGCCGUGAACAUCAUUAACGAGCCCAGGAUCUUCAAAGGCAUCUUUGCGAUAAUUAAACCGUUUCUGAAGGAGAAGAUGGCCGAGAGGUACACCCUCCACGGCUCGGACCUGCGCUCCCUUCACCGGAACAUCCCGCGCUCGGUGCUGCCGGAGGAGUACGGCGGCACCGCGGGCCAGCUGGACCUGCACUCCUGGUCCCGGCUGCUGCUGGACUGUGAGGAGGAGUUCAUCGUGGAGUUCUGCCAGCCGGAUCCACUAGAGGGCGUGGUGCUCCCUGACUCCAUGUUGUUCGAGGGCGAGCAGAGCAGAGGGCAGGACGACGACACCUUCAGGGGGCUGCGCUCGCAACUCUACUACUGCUACUGAUGCACCGGGUCACCGUGUGGACCCCCGGCGCUGAGAGGACAGUUUAUGUUUCAUCUGAAACGUAUCGACGCGGCAAUUUCCCCGACGUUCCACAUGAUUUAUUUUACUAACAAAGCAGCACUACUCUAGGAAGAUUCUCUUAAUGUACAUGUAGCCCAAUGAUCACUCAUGUCUCCGAGGCGGCUGCAGACUCCGGCAAGAGGCUCUGACACGAGCUGAUGCAUUUAGAGACGUUUCAUUGGCCUCUGUGGAUUCAUUUACAGUAUUUACAGUGAAGGAGGGAUUCAUAUUAUUUUCUGCAGUAGUCAGGGUUCUAUAUGUGUGUUGAAAGACUUUAUGUAAACGUUCCUCCAAUCCAUGCUGGCCAUUAAAAAUGUCUUUAAUGUGUUUCCAAUGGAAGAGACGGGGAUAAAAAACACUUCAGGCCUCAGAAAUCUCAGUCAGAAUAAGUUAUUGUGUUUACAGAGAGAAUAUCAGGAGAAACAAAGACGGGAUUGAGUAAUAAAAAAAGUCAAAUUUGACUGAGACCACAGAAGUUUCACGUUAAAACAUCAUCUUCUGUGGAACGUGGAUUCUGUCCCUCGUCUCUUUCCCUGGGAGCACAGACUUGAAGUGGUUCAGUGAACAGAAGGUCUUAAUACAGUGAGCAAAAAAACAAAGUAAAUCUGUUUUAAUGUACACAUGGGCAAGAGCACUGUUUGAGAGCAGUCGUGGAAAAAUAUGAACCCAUCUGUUAACGUUUUCCACUGCGGAGCGAUUCUAAAAACAGCUGCUCACAACUCACAUCUCUCACGUUUGUUUGGUUUCUUCUUCUCAAACUUCUGUUAAUAAGUAGAUUCUCUCAUCAUUUUGUUUCACCAAAGCAAUAUUCAUGUUUCCCAUCGGGAGCUUGAUUCACCUGAGGGUGUAAAAAAGAUGCUGCUGUGGCCGAGAGGAAGAAGAACGUCAUAGAUUAACUCGUGAAUGUUUUAGUUCAAUAUCUUGUUCAUACACGGUGUUUUCAUGCCUUUGUGUCGCUGGUGCUUCAGUUGUCUCCAGCUUGAAUCUCCUAAGAGGAUUAAUGUUUCUUUUUUUAAAAUUCCAGAUAAUCUGCCUUAUGUUUUUCUUGUUUUAACCUUUUUGUGACCUGUGUGUCAUCACACAGUCUUAACUCGGUGG